AUGGGUGACGAAAAGAAAGACCCUACCGCCUAUCGCACAAGCAAAGGCGAAUUGUCUGAUUCCUCAGACCGUGAUGGAGAGUCUUUGCAGGCGCCCUCCCCCCACAACCUCCAACGUAAACUCAAGAAUCGUCACAUCGCCAUGAUCAGUAUUGGUGGUGUCAUCGGUACUGGUCUCUUUGUGGGAACUGCAAACUCCCUGAGGAAUGGAGGCCCCAUCGGUCUCUUGCUCGGUUAUAUCGUCAUGGGCUCCAUCGUUUAUUGCGUCAUGAUCACUCUCGGAGAAAUGGUUGCUUACCUCCCUGUACCUGGUGGUCACAUCAAACUGGCAGAGCGCUUCGUUGAUCCUGCCUUCUCUUUCGCCAUGGGUUGGAAUUACUGGUAUAACUGGACCAUCGUCUCACCUGCUGAGAUUUCUGCUGCUGCAUUAUUGAUAAACUAUUGGAACAAGAGCGUCAAUAAUUCAGUAUGGGUCGUAAUAUGUCUUGUCGUCGUCGUCACAAUUAAUAUGUUCGGUGCUGGCGCUUACGGCGAGGCCGAAUUCAUAUUUGCAUCCAUCAAGGUCAUCACAAUCACUGGUCUUAUUAUCCUCGGUAUAGUCAUCGAUUUGGGAGGUGGCCCGAACCAUGACCGCCUUGGAUUCCGCUACUGGAAAAAUCCUGGACCAUUCGUCCAGUACAACGGCAUCUCAGGUGCCAAAGGUCAAUUCCUUGGCUUUUGGGCUGUUUUGACAGAGGCUGCUUUCUCGUUCAUCGGAACUGAGAUUGUUGCUAUUGCUGCUGGAGAAGCGAAAAAUCCCCGUCGUACCUUGCCUAAAGCCAUCCGUCGGGUAUACAUCCGUAUAUUACUUUUCUAUAUCGGUGGAACGCUCGUCAUCGGUCUACUUGUACCAUCCAACAACCCAAAUCUCAGUUUGAGCAGUGGAGCCGCCCAGUCUCCAUUCGUCAUUGCUAUCGAAACGGCUGGAAUUAAAUCUCUUCCCUCAAUCAUUAAUGCUUGUCUGUUAACAUCGGCAUGGUCCGCCUCAUCUAGUGACUUGUACACUUCAUCUCGUGCGAUUUAUGGUCUUGCAGCCUCAGGAAACGCUCCCAAGAUCUUCCUUAAGACCACACGCAACGGGUUGCCUUACGUUGCUGUCCUCUUCUCUGCUGCUUUCUCCCUUCUUGCUUUCAUGGCUGUAUCCACGGGUGCGGGCUCAGUGUUCAACUGGUUUGCCAACAUGACAUCCAUCGCUGGCCUUAUGACGUGGUUUGGUAUUUCGGUGACGUACCUCCGCUUCUACAAGGGCAUGAAGGUCCAAGGCAUCGAUCGCAAGACGCUCCCCUAUUACACAAAUCUCCAGCCAUUCGCAGCGUGGUGGGGAGUACUUGCAACGAUCACCAUCUGUUUCUUCAGCGGAUUCAGCGUCUUCCUCAAAGGAAAUUGGAACACUGCAACUUUCGUCACCAACUACCUCCUUCUCAUUACCUGGCCAAUCAUGUACUUUGGCGCUCGCUUCUACUAUGGCACUAAGCCCGUUGCUGCAUCGGACAUGGACUUUACGAGCGAUAUAGCUGGAAUCGUGGCGGACUCAUAUGAAGAACCCGCACCAAAGAACAAGAUGGAAGCAUUUUGGCAAUGGCUGGUGUAAUUAUACCUGCAAUAAUACCUCGAGUCGGUUGAUUAUCCGUCAGUUUAUAUCACUAUUUUGUAAGCCCUCAGUUGUCCGACAUACCGGUUACAAUUGUUUGUUGUAUGUCACCGCCAACUACCAAAUAUAAUAAUAUCUAGUCAGCUUGAUCAUGGUCUCGCUGAUCGAAAUGUUCCUUGUCCUUGUAGACAAAGCAUAGCGUGAGCAAAGGAACAAGUUUUUUGAGGGUUCAAAUUUCUGUUCAUUUGCAAUGCCCUGCGCUUCGUGAGAUUUGCAGCUUAUUGAAAUUGAAAAGACGCGGCGGAACGAGUUUCGGGACUUGUAAUGAUUUCAGUUAAGCUCGUGUAUUCUACCUAGCCAUACGAGAGUCAAGAG